AUGUUAUUCAAGUUAGUAAAAAAGUCUGUAAUUUCGGUGUCUCCAAACGAUCCAUCCCCAGAAAAUUCCCCUCCGGAUUUUAGACCAAAAAAAAUUAGUGAGCACGGUAAAAACGAAGACCCCUCAUACUCUCCAACUAAGAAUAACAGUUCUAGUCCUACUCCUUCCCCACAACCAUCGGCCUCAGUCGGAUCCUCAGAGCUUGAUGUUAAAAAACUUCAAGAGGAGGAAGAAACUCUUCAUAAAAUAAUUGUCGUUCUCUGUUCGCUUGGUGCUUCACUUGUUUUAGUAGCGAUUGCAAUAGCAGUACUAUUUUGGAAAGUACGGAAACAAUCAGAUAUAAACAAAAACUAUUUUAAUAAUCAAAAUGGAGAAGAUAAGAAUGUAGAUAAAAAUGAUAAAAAUGUGGAUGAUGUCCAAGACAAGUCUGAUGAUGGAACAAAUAUUGAUAUGACAGUUAUUGUUAAUGACAGCGCUGUUAAUGACAGCGCUAUUAAUAAUAACUUGAAUGCUGAUGUUUAUUAUGUUAACAAGGAAUCUUCAGAUAAAAAACAAUCAACAAUGUCUCAACCAUCAUAUCCAUCAACUUAUUAUCUUUCAAUAGUACCUACUGCUCCAACUGCAGAAGAAAUAGCACCUUAUAAUGAAUUAGAUCCUCGCGCAUCUAAUUUUUCUACUCCUCCAAUAAAUUUAUCUGAUCCACCAGCUUAUAGUCCUUAUGUUCCAUCAGCUCCACCAUUAUAUUCGCAUCCACAUGGGCCAAUAGAUUCUGAUGACAAUAGUUAUGUGACUCCAACUGCAUUCAUAGGAACGUCGACUUUGCAAGCUUUGAACGCUGGUUCAAUUUUUGUUUCUGAUGCACCCACGAUGCCAGAAGAGACUGAUACUUCUUUGUUCAGUACGGCAAUAAAUAAAAUAGAUGAUGAUGGUAAUGACAUUUCAUCCUUUGGACCAUCACAUAGCCAGUCAACAUUGUAG